AUGGCCGAAAGUAGCAAAGGAGAUAAUAUACAACAUAUUGUGCGUAUAUCGGAUAUCGUGAAAGAAUCAUCUCUGAUAUUGAUGCCUAUUAGUGGCUACGAAGAAGUGCCCCUAGUUCCACUCGAACUCGCUGUCGAACCUCUGGUGCCUAUAUUACCUAGCAUUCAAAGUUAUGCAUACUCUGCCAAACAACGAUGCAUAGAUCCUCCACCUAAUGGAAUGACCAUCGAUGAGUCGGCUUCUAUUAUGCUGUAUACAAUGGGAUGGAAACCACUUGAUAAAUGCCUUUAUGCCGUAUUGAAUGCAACCCUCCGAUCGGAAGAUAGAAACAAACUCGAACCAUGGUUUCUCUAUCUGAAACUUUUUCUCACUGCUUUAUCACAAAUCCCGUCUGAACAUAAACUUCUUUUUCGUGGUAUCAAAUCAGAUUUACAUCAAAACUAUCCCAAAGGGAAGACGAUUAUAUGGUGGGGCUUCUCAUCUUGCACUGCUUCCGUUGAUGUUUUACAAUCAGAACUAUUUCUGGGCACCACAGGAACAAGAACUAUGUUUACUAUUCAAUGUGAUUCGGGCAAAGAUAUAAGUAAGCAUUCGUAUUUUCCAAAUGAAGAGGAAGUACUACUUAUGGCUGCAACGCAAUUUACUGUCGCUGGUUGUCUCAAUCAAGGUAACAAUCUCUAUACAAUUCAACUGAAAGAAACAAAGCCUCCUCAUCCUCUUCUACAACCAAUAACAAAUCUCUCCAAAUCGAAAAAAUCAUCUGCAAAAGAAAAUGAUGAUCAACACAUACUGACAUCUCAACAUCGUCUAAAAUAUUCGUCUGGUGGCGAUGGUGAAUUAAUUGAAAAUGAUCUAGUUCAUUCAAAUAAAAUUGAAAAUCUAGAAUUUUGUCGUGAUGGUGGCCGUUGUGAAAACAUGGAUGAAGAACAUUUAAAAGCUUAUCAGCAUGUACCAUUAUGUAAAUAUCGUCGUCAAUGCCUCGAUUAUAAUCGUGGAUCACUUGAACAUUGUCGAAAUUUUCGUCACUGUAUACCAAUGUGUCGCUUUGGCCAUUUUUGUGUAAAAUUUCAUGAUGAAAAACAUAUGAGCGAAGAAAGCCAUCCAUUUCAACCAGCAUGUCCAUUAACUCCAUUCCAUUGUCGACAAUAUAAUAGUUUAUGUGAUACGAAAAACAUCAGAGCAUUACCAAUUGAUGUUCAAAACCAUUGUCUACAAUAUUCACAUGUAUGUCGGUACGGUCGCCAAUGUUAUGAAACAUCGGAUAUACAUUGGAAAAGUACAAUUCAUGUUGCCCGCAAUGUCUGUUUAUUGGGUGAUGAAUGUACAGAAAUCGAUCAAGAAAAUCAUUUAAAUUCAUUUUCACAUCCAGGUAUAGCUGACAUUCGUCGAUUUUGUCCUUAUCAAGCUUAUGAUUGUCGAGAUAGACAAAAACUUGAACAUAUUAAACAAUUUCGGCAUUUUGGAAAUCAUGAUCGUAGUGGUGUUAUUGGCUGCUUUGGACAAAAUAAAGCGACUAAUUUCGUUGAAAAUCAAGACAGAAUUGUUCAAGCAAUAAGAAAAUAUGCAAAAAAUUUAACCUCAAGAGAUACAUUAUCGAUUCCAUCAGAAAUUCAAAAGUGGAUUAAAGGUUUACAACCAAUUCAUCGAUGUUCAAAAGUCAUUUUUGAAUCGAUACUUGUUCAUGGUCAUGUUAUGUCUCGUGAACAUAUGGAACAUUUGAAAAAACCAUCUUUUGUAGCUCAAGCUGUUCAAGAACAUAAACGUGUACGUGCUAUCUUUGACCGCUAUAAAAUGUCAACAAUAGAAGAUCAUGCUAAAGAAUACAUUCGAGCUGUUGUAUCUCUGGAAUAUAGUAAAAAAUAUGAUGCCGUUGCAACAACCGGAGCUGGUACUGAUCAUACAUUAAUGCCAGUUGGACCUAAUGACUAUGAUGAUACCAUACGUAAAAAAGAAAGAAUUUUUCAAAGUUUGAUUAAGUCAGAAGAAGUUGAUACAAUAAAAAAAUGUGCCAUUAAUAUUGCUGAAGCCUCAUGGAAUCUUCAUAGUUCUCCAAGUGGUAUUGGAUAUUCGAAUGAUAAAGAAUUAGGUACGGAUAAGCAUGUUUUUAGUGUCCUCGGACCACAUCUAGGACAUUACUAUGGAGAUAUAUUUCUUGUAUUUAAAAGUGAAGUUAUGUUUCAUCCAGAUGCCAAUUUUUCUCCUCAAGCAGCUACAUCAUUCUUGAGUGGAAAUACAUUUGCGCAUCGACCAUGGGUCAAAGAUCCAAGUGCACGUCCUGCAAGGAUACAAUGUUUUCAUGAAUCAAAAUUGCAUUGUACUGUAUCAGGAUAUGAAUAUGCAGCAGCAGCAGAACUAAUAGCCGUGUCAGGAUUACAAAUGAAAACAAUGAAUGUUGACCUGAAGACUAUUAUAGAUCGUUGGACGAAAGUUGAUUCACAUCAAGUAUUUGAGGCUCAUUUACCUCGAUUGGUUCCGCUUGAUUAUAUCGAAGAAGUAUACAUACCAAGGAAUCUUUUUGCUUCGCUAACUCCAACAGCUCAAGAAUCAGCUGUAAAAGUUUUUGGUGAUGCGCUUCAUAUUACAAAUCAUAAUAUUAAUCUUAAUGAUACUGGUGGUGGAGUUUCAAUUUUGUCGGAUAAGAGUCGUUCUGACUAUCAAGCUUUUGUGAUUAGUACACUGAUAAAAAAAAUUGAAAAACGAAAGGAAUAUGCACGACAUUUUCGCGGUUUUGUUCUUACUCUAGCUCCAAGUCAAUUUACGGAUCACAUUGUUUUACCAUUAACAAUAAACAAUGCAUAUAAUCAAUAUUUUCGAAUUUAUAAACAAAGUUCGAAUUCUGAUAUUGUAUAUAUUUAUUGGGAAGCAAUGCAUGGUGAUAUGAUGGUUACUCUUUCGGAUGAACCAAUUAAUCCUGAUAAAAGUCAACCACAUAUUCGAUGUCUCGUGUGUUAUAUUGCUGAAAGACCAUCAACAACAUCAGCAACCAAUUAUAAUGAAUCAUAUUCAUAUUUAAAUGCUGGUGAACCAUAUCGACAUGGUAUUAUUAAGACUAAUGGACAAUGUUCAAGUAGUUCACGUUCAUUUCAUCGUGGUUGUAAUAUGGAAGAGUUUUCAAUGUAUUGUCUUAAAAUAGAAAAGAAAACAGGUCAAGUAACACUUUCACAUGCUGGAUCGAAUAGUAUUUAUUGUUAUGAAACAAUAACAUGUAAAUUUUCUAAAAUGUCUCUGGAUUUAAAUAAAUUACAAUACGUUCAUGUAAGCGCCGGUUCACAAAAAGUGCCCAUACGAGACUUAAUUAUUAAUUUUGAACAGAUUCCCGAUUUACAUCCAUCAUUUGAUACGAAUUUUAAACGAGGCGAUGAUGCUUUUCCUCGUAGAAAAAAAACUUUUGUUCAUGAUCGUUCGACAUCUUCAAAAACACCACAAUUAUCUGGUGAUAAGACUCUAACAACGAAGUAUAUUGCUGCAAGUCCAAUUGACCAUUCUUUUGAUUACGAUAUCGAUGGUAAAAGUCUGAAUCCAUGUCCCUACUCGAUCAAUUGUAUAUUACAAGAAUCGUCGAAACAUAUGAAAGAAUAUUCUCAUCCAUGUCCAUAUUCUGAAAUUUGCCGUAGUAAAGACAAGGAGCCUCAUCUAACCCAUAAACCCCAUCGAGUAGAACAAUGCUCAUUGAAAAGUUCGUGUCAAAAACUUGGUGAUCCUUUUCAUCGAGCAAAGUAUCGACACUUAGGCUAUCCUGACUUUCUUAUUCCAUGCUGUGAUGGAUCGAAUUGUCGUAAUAAAACAUCGCAUCAUCGAACAAAAUAUUCACAUGGCGAACAGAUUGACAUAGCCGAAUAUAUGUCCUAUGAAACAUCCCAUAAACCACCAUCAAAAUACCAUUCUGAUUAUCAUGACACAGGAUAUACUCAUGCAGGAAGAGAUGACCAACGAACUCAUUGUCGAUACGGAUCAGAUUGUUAUGAUCAGAAUAAUACUGAUCAUUGUUCAAAAUAUUCACAUCCUCUAAAAUACGGAUCUAAAUAUUCGACUAGUUCAACUUUUAAAAGAAUACCUUGCCAGUAUGGAGACAAUUGUUGGCACAAAAAUGAUUAUCAACACUGUUCGAAAUAUUCCCAUCCUGAUGAUGAAUAA